UGCAGUAGGAGAGGCUUUCCUUAAAGCUGUGAGUCUUUUAUCCUGGCAGGCUCUUCAAGAUUGUUGUGAGGAGUCUAGCCAGUUGGUGAGCUCUGUAAUCUAAACCAGCUGUCCCCAGACUGAGGCCCCCAUUUGCAUUGUUUAACAUACUUAGAAAAUGAAGUGUUCAUUUUUAACAUUCCUCCUCCAAUUGGUUUAAUGCAGAAUUACAGAAGAGAACUAAGCAAAACCAGGUGCUUUUGCUGUAUUCUCUCCAGUGUCUGAGGAGGAGCAGACCUCUCCCUGCCCUGUCUAUUAUUUGGUAUUUCAUUCUCUGGAAUAUAAAUGACGGAGGAACUCAAGUGCUAGCAAAACACCGAUGUUCAGACACGUUUUUUAGUUAUUCAGCAGUUCAGACUCCUUUUUUCCAUCUUUCCUAACCAAUGUUGGACAUGCAAGAAGUAAAGAGGAUACUGACUGUUUUCAUGCUGGCCACCUGUCUUACACGCCCUGGGAAAGCACAGCAGCAAUGCACUAACGGGUUUGACCUGGACCGUGCCUCUGGGCAAUGCUUAGAUAUUGAUGAAUGUCGGACUAUUCCUGAGGCCUGUAGAGGAGAUAUGGUGUGUGUUAACCAGAAUGGUGGCUAUUUAUGCAUUCCCCGAACAAAUCCAGUUUAUAGAUCACCAUAUGUGAAUCCUUAUUCAAACAUUUAUCCACCACCUCCAGCUCCCAACUACCCCACUGCUACAAGACCUCUGAUGUGUCGGUUUGGCUACCAAAUGGGCGAAAACAACCAAUGUGUUGAUAUUGAUGAAUGUGCUUCCGAGUCACACCAGUGUAACCCCACCCAGAUCUGCAUAAACACUGAAGGAGGAUACACCUGCUCCUGCACUGAGGGCUAUUGGCUCUUAGAAGGCCAGUGUUUAGACAUAGAUGAAUGUCGCUAUGGUUACUGUCAGCAGCUGUGUGCCAAUGUACCUGGUUCCUACUCCUGUACAUGCAAUCCAGGUUUUACCCUUAAUGAUGAUGGACGAUCAUGCCAAGAUGUGAAUGAAUGUACAACCCAGAACCCUUGCGUGCAAAACUGCGUCAACACAUAUGGCUCUUUUCUCUGUCGCUGUGAUCCUGGCUAUGAACUGGAAGCUGAUGGAAUUAGCUGCAGCGACAUGGAUGAGUGCAGCUUCUCAGAGUUCCUUUGCCAGCACCAAUGUGUGAAUGAGCCCGGUUCUUACUACUGUUCCUGCCCCCCUGGCUAUGUUCUGCUUGAUGAUAACAGAAGCUGCCAAGAUAUCAAUGAAUGUGAGACUAGAAACUUCACUUGUACUACACAGCAAACCUGUUUCAAUAUCCAAGGAGGAUACAAAUGUCUAGACCCAGUAAAGUGUGAGGAUCCUUAUAUCCAGAUCAAUGACAAUCGCUGUAUGUGUCCAGCUGAAAACCCCGGUUGCAGAGAUCAACCAUUCACCAUCCUAUAUAGAGACAUGGACAUCAUGUCAGGACGGUCUGUGCCUUCUGACAUCUUCCAAAUGCAAGCAACAACUCGCUUCCCUGGUGCCUAUUACAUCUUCCAAAUCAAAUCAGGGAACGAGGGCAGAGAAUUCUACAUGCGGCAAACAGGACCUAUCAGUGCAACUCUAGUGAUGACCCGUCCUGUGAAAGGGCCACGUACCAUUCAAUUGGACUUGGAAAUGAUCACAGUCAACACUGUCAUCAACUUCAGAGGGAGCUCUGUCAUCCGGCUGAGGAUAUACGUAUCACAGUACCCGUUCUAAACCUUCAGUACAUUCCCUUUAAACAUUAAAAGCAACAACAAAAAGACAUUAUCCCCUUUCUGCAGAUCUUUUUCCUCAAAAAAAUAUAGCAGCUCAAAACCUAACUAGUGUUGCCACAGACACAACGGCCUACGCCAUCUGAUGAGAGAAGCCUCUUCAUAUACAAUCCUUUCCAGGAUGCAGACAUCUGAACAUGUAUUGUCAGCAGAUCCCGUAUGAUUUUAUAUGUGAUUAUAUGUUUUAAGAACCUUUUUUUUCUUGUUGUUGAUUUUAAAAACUUUUCUAGGGUGUGAUUUUAUGCUCCAAAGACUGUGAACCUCCCCACCUCUGUAACUGCAACACUGCUUAGCAAAGGCACCAAACAAACUGAGGAAAAAGCUGGCUUUUGCUAUUUUGCUUUUUUUAUUUUAAAAGGAAGGCAAACAAACAAAAAAUUCACCUGUCCAAAAGUGGAAUCUGAGAAGCGCUAACUACCAUUGCCAGUUGUUUCUGGAAUUGUCAGUCAUACAGUCUGUCUCAGUUGUCCCUACAUUUGUCUUUGUUCCAUCUGUCCUUUUUGACCGUACUUCUUAGCUGAGUCAUUGUAAGUUCCUUCUAAAAUACAUGUUGUACUAUGCUUGCUGGAUCUAUAAGCCCUCCUUUUUAACAAAGUGUCACCUGCGUGGGUUCCUCACUGUAUUAAAUAUUCCUACAUAAUUGAGUUCAAAGAGGUCUAUCACUGGAUUGUGUAUUUUAAAAUAAUUAGGGCCUGAUCCCUAUUUUCACCAAGGCCCUACCCUUUAUACCACCAAGGCAGCAUGAGCAUAAACGUAUGCUGCCAGAACAGUAUAAAGGGGCCUUAGCAUAACUGAGAGUCAGGUCCUGAGUGUUCAACUGCUUUGCAUACUUUAAUGAUUGUGCAUAAUUAGCAAAGAUUAUGAAGUGCCUGUGCUAGUUCUGUGGUUAUGGCCAGAGCUAAUUUCCCAUUGUAACCCCAAUAUUCAAUUUUGCUAAACCCAAUUUCCUCCAAAAGAAAAUAAUCCCCCUAAAAUUACAUAUGCCAAAGCUCUUCCCAGAAUAGAUUUUUUCUGAAAAGUUUUGGGGGAAAAAUUAGAAGAUGAAUUUUUAAAGUUGUGGGAUAAAAUCUUGGCCUGGUUGAAAUCAAGGGGAGUUUUCCAUUGACUUCAAUGGGUCAGGAUUUCACCCUGAUGUGUUUUUUGUAAGUUUUUCUCUUGUUGACUAUUUACUAUGUUUCCAGGUUGUUUCCAUUGGCUAAUCUUACCUCCCAAUUGGCUUGGCCAACAAAGGUUAAAUUUUGCAGGCUGGUCUAAGGACAAAUGGCUCAGUGUUUCUCAGAGGGCUAAUAGGGGAUUAACAAAGAUAUAUAAUGUGAAACAGCUUGGAAUAAGGUGUUUGUACUCCCACGUUAUGGUAGGCUGGAAAGCAAUAUACUAGAGCUUCAUUAGUGUAGGGAUGUAAAGAGGAGGACUGCACGCUCAGGAAGCUCUCCUGCACGGAUUGCAUGAAGGAAUGGAGAAACUGACUAUCUUGCUUAUAAUAGGCUUUGCAAAUUCA